CCGACAUAGUGAAAUAGUGAGAGAGUCUUGACCUUCUAAAGAACACUCACAUCCUGGUUGGAACAGGGAGAAACGCAGGAAAUGUAUGUUUUACAUGAGAAGAGGUUCCAGGAAAGCAGGAUUAUUUUUUUUUUUUUGAAGCUGGAGAGCCAAAAUGAAAGUGCAACUGACUUACAGAUGAGGGUGUGGUGUUUGAAGACAAAGUGCGGUAUGUCAGACCAAUUCAGAUCAUUUCACUGAAGCACAUCUCAACUGCUGUACCUGCUACUAGUCUGCUGACAAAAGAAGCUUUGCCAUAGGCUGGGAUAUGAAUAACUCAACUGAUUACUGGAUUGAUGAUGAGGAGUAUGAUCUCAGCCCUGUUACAGAUUACAGUACAUAUGAGCUUCUCUGUGAAAAAAGUGACGUGAGGAACUUCAGUAAAUUAUUCCUUCCUGUGUUCUAUGCGUUGGCUUUCACUGUUGGAGUUGCUGGAAAUUCAUUAGUGGUUGCAAUUUAUGCCUAUUGCAAGAAACCGAAGACCAAGACGGAUGUGUACAUCAUGCAUCUAGCCAUCGCCGAUUUGCUCUUGCUCUUUACGCUCCCUUUUUGGGCCGCAAAUGCAGUGCAGGGAUGGGAACUUGGAAACUCAAUGUGCAAGCUCACUUCUUCUCUGUACACCAUGAAUUUCAGCUCUAGCAUGCUGUUCCUGGCCUGUAUCAGUGUGGAUAGAUACAGGGCCACUUCACAAUCCCGGCAUCACAGAAGAAUUGGUAAACACUGCAGGGUUACCUGCACCUGCGUCUGGCUGUCCGCCAUUUUAUUCAGUAUCCCUGAACUGAUAUUUAAUCAAGUCAAGAAACACAAUGAUAGGAAUGAAUGCCUUCCUGUAUUUCCAAUGAACAUGGAAACAGUCUUAAAAGCAACCAUUCACAUCCUGGAAAUUAUCCUGGAAUUCCUGGUUCCUUUCCUAGUAAUACUGAUCUGCUAUUCAGCUACUGCUCGAGCAAUCUUUAGAUCUGCAAAUGCUAAAAAAACUAGACCUUUCAUGGUUUUGCUGGCAGUAGUGGCUACUUUCAUUAUUACCCAGCUACCUUACAACAUUGUCAAGUUCUGGCGAGCCAUAGAUAUCAUCUACAUGUUGAUUACUGACUGUGAUGCAAGUAAAACCAUAGAUGUCGCACUCCAGGUCACCAAGUGCAUAGCUUUGUUUCAUACCUGCCUGAACCCUCUUCUCUAUGCCUUUCUGGGUGCCUCUUUUAAAAUGCAUAUUAUGAAAAUCGCAAAAAAUUAUUGGAGAAGACAACAACAGCAUGGAAGACCUGAAGAAAUUUCUGUGAAUUAUGAAGACCAUACUGAAGAAACACUUAGUUUCACUAUAUAGAUUCUCCAUUACUUUCAUUAUCUUUUAUAACCAAGGGAAUUAUUUACUAAUCCUGGGGGUAUUGUUUCAGCAGUUUGUCUGCAAGUCAACCUUCAGAUUUGUUUCUGAACCUGCAGACUAGCCAAGACACUACAGUGCAGUUCAAAGUGGAACAUGUUGAUCAAAAUUAAGCAGCGGGCAAGAACUAAGUACUGAAAUUCCUAGAAAAACCUAGAGAUAUUUACUAUACACACAAACAAAGAACAACAACAAUAAAAACACAAAAAACAACCACAAACCCCCAAAACCACAACAAAACCCAAACACCUUAAAAACCCACAAGAUUUAAAAGGAUCACAGUACUAGACACUAAAAUAGCUGUGUAAUGAACAAUCUGUACAUGUCUAAGCAUAUAAUUAAUACAGAAAAAGAAACCAUCAGCAAUAAAACAGCAGUACAGGAACUUUUGUAUCAAAAGUUAAUAACUUUGUGUUUCUCCAACUACUUUGUAAAACAUAAGAACAUUUGCCGAAUAAGCCAGUUCCGUUUUUUCCUCAGCUAUCAUUCCAUGCAUUUGCAGCUUGAAAUGAGGUAUCAGUUCAUGGCUGAGUAUUGGGGGUGGGGGUGGGGGAAGCCAUUCUCUAUGUGUUUCCACAUAUGUAUAGCAACAACAACAUCCUCAACAAAAACCAGUAACUCCUUCUCUGUAGCUACCAAAAAUGACCUUUCAUCUCUCCUUUUCUGCUCACCCUAAACUUCAACAAGCCUGUACCCUAUGGGAGGCACAUUCUAAUUCUCUGUAAAUGUCACGUCAAAUGUAAAUGCCAAAGUAACGCAGCCAAAGCAUUAGCAGAAAUGUAAGAAAAAGUUAAGUAAAUCUUCAUAUACAGGGCCUGGAAUUUCUGGUCAGAAUUUGAAAAAUUAUUCAAACACUGUAUCUGCUAAAAUAUAUCUAGAUACAAUAAAAUCAAAGAAUGCAAAAA